UGUCAGCCUCACAGUUCUUGGAGGUUAUGGCUGCAUCAACAAACUUAUCAGCCAACUAAUUUUUAGAUCUUAAAAAAUGACGGCACUAGCCCUCAAUUCGGUGCCGCAGCUAUUAAGAGCGCAAGCUGGGCCUGCAAUUUCAGUAGCAUUUUACAGCGAUGGCAAAAAAAUUGUCUUGCCGUCAGCACUCAAAAAAGGCACUGGUGGCCGCUCCAGUUUCAAUGGCAUCGUGGCAACUGUGUUUGGUGCUAAUGGAUUUUUGGGGAGAGUCCUGUGCAACAGACUUGGGAAAGUAGGCACACAGCUGAUCAUACCCUUCAGGUGCGAUGCAUACAACGUGAGAAAUUUGAAACUGGCGGGAGAUCUCGGACAAGUCCUGUUCCAAGAGGAGUUUGAUGUUCGCGACGAAAUUGCAAUUUACAAUGCCCUGAAAUACUCUAAUGUAGUCAUCAACUUGAUCGGUCGCGAAUGGGAAACCAGGAAUUUCAAGUAUCGCGAUGUCCACGUUGACGCAGCGCGCAGGAUUGCUAGAAUUGCCAAGGAGACCGGUGUCCCGAGACUCAUCCAUGUUUCAUCAUUGAAUGUUGCAGAAAAACCUCAGAGAGCAUUUUUGAAGAACGGAAGUGAGUUUCUGAAAACAAAGUGGGAGGGUGAACAUGCAGUCUUAGAAGAGUUCCCAGAGGCAACAAUAUUUAGACCAGCAAAUAUCUAUGGGCAAGAUGAUAGCUUCUUGAGCCAUUUCCAGUGUUUGCCGCGGCGCACAGGGAAAAUUUUGUCUUUAUGGAAAAAAGGAGAGGAGACAAUUAAGCAACCUGUCUAUGUAGGAGAUGUAGCUCAAGCAAUCGCCAACGCUGCUCAGGACCCAAGCUCAGCCGGUAAAAUCUAUCAAGCUGUUGGACCCAAGCGUUACUAUAUGUCAGAUUUGAUGGAUUGGACUUACUGGGAGAUGCGACGAGACCCGGAUAUAUGGGGCUACAGGCGCUGGGACUUGCGCUUUGACCCAACUGUUUGGGCCCGGCUAUGGUUCUUCGGUAGAUUGUACGGAAACCCAGUAGGCCACAUGAUAACGGAUAAGAUUGAGCGAGACUCUAUCUCUGAUGUUAUCGACAAGUCCCUGCCUACUCUAGAAGAUUUAGACAUUAAGCUUACGGAUUAUGAGCUCCAAGUUCCAUGGGAAGUGCGACCCUUCCGAGCAUUCUUAUACUAUGAUGAAGCCCCGGGCGAAUGGCCUGAACGAAGUCUACCGACAGUAGAACACGCUUGAAAGUCUCUUCAUGUAAAUUUUAGUCAUAAGUUGUUAUUAUUGGAUUACUGGCCUGCCAUUUUGUUGUCUUUCCAUCAAGAUUGUUCUAAAAUUACCCAGUAAAAAUAAAUCAUUGUUUACUAUUUUA